AUGAAGUCUUACACUCCGUAUUUCUUGCUCCUGUGGAGUGCUAUGGGAAUAGCGAAGGCUGCCAAAAUCAUCAUCGUGCCGCCAAUUAUGUUUGAAAGCCAUAUAUACAUUUUCAAGACGCUCGCCUCUGCGUUGCAUGAGCGAGGCCACCACACAGUGUUCCUCCUCUCUGAUGGCAGAGAGAUCACGCCAUCUAAUCACUACAGCCUCCGGCGCUACCCAGGGAUCUUUAACAGUACCACCUCGGAUGCUUUUCUCCAGUCCAAAAUGCAAAAUAUUUUCUCUGGGAGGUUGACAGCAAUCGAACUGUUUGACAUACUGGAUCACUAUACUAAGAACUGUGAUAUGAUAGUUGGUAACCAUGCUCUGAUUCAGGGUUUGAAAAAGGAGAAGUUUGACCUGCUGCUGGUGGACCCUAAUGACAUAUGUGGAUUUGUGAUAGCGCAUCUACUAGGGGUUAAAUAUGCCGUGUUUUCAACUGGCCUUUGGUAUCCUGCUGAAGUAGGUGCUCCUGCUCCUUUGGCUUAUGUUCCAGAGUUUAACUCACUCCUCACAGACCACAUGAACUUGCUGCAAAGAAUGAAAAAUACCGGCAUUUACCUCAUUUCCAGACUAGGAGUCAGCUUUCUGGUUCUUCCGAAAUAUGAACGGAUAAUGCAGAAGUACAAGCUGCUGCCAGAGAAGUCCAUGUAUGAUUUGGUCCAAGGGUCCAGCUUGUGGAUGCUGUGUACUGACAUAGCCCUGGAAUUUCCAAGACCCACCUUGCCUAACGUCGUUUAUGUCGGAGGAAUCCUAACCAAACCGGCCAGCCCACUACCAGAAGAUCUUCAAAGGUGGGUAAAUGGUGCUAAUGAACAUGGCUUUGUCCUGGUGUCUUUUGGAGCUGGAGUCAAGUAUCUGUCAGAAGAUAUUGCUAACAAACUGGCAGGAGCUCUGGCAAGAUUGCCUCAAAAAGUAAUUUGGAGAUUUUCUGGAACCAAACCCAAGAAUCUGGGAAACAACACUAAGCUCAUAGAAUGGUUACCACAAAAUGAUCUGCUUGGGCACGCAAAUAUUAAAGCCUUCCUGAGCCAUGGUGGUUUGAACAGUAUUUUUGAAACUAUGUAUCAUGGUGUGCCUGUAGUGGGAAUUCCACUCUUUGGAGACCAUUAUGAUACUAUGACCCGGGUACAAGCAAAAGGAAUGGGCAUAUUGCUAGAAUGGGAGACAGUUACUGAAGGAGAGCUGUAUGAAGCACUGAUGAAGGUUAUCAAUAAUCCCAGCUACCGCCAGAGGGCUCAGAAGCUGUCAGAGAUUCACAAGGAUCAACCUGGCCACCCUGUUAAUCGGACUGUCUAUUGGAUAGAUUACAUUCUUCGUCACAAUGGAGCCCAUCACCUACGUGCUGUUGUUCAUCAAAUCUCAUUCUGUCAGUAUUUUUUACUGGAUAUUGCCUCUGUGCUUCUGCUUGGUGCUGCCUUGUUUUACUUCCUCUGGUCCAUGGUGACAAAAUUUAUCUACAGAAAAAUCAAAAGUGUGUGGUCUAACAGUGAGCAUAGUAUAGUGAACGGACAUUACCACAAUGGCAUCAUCAAUGGCAAGUACAACAGAAAUGGGCACAUUAACCAUGAAAAGAAGGUAAAAUGAGCCAGCCGCUCAGGUGAUGCUAACAAGUCUGUUCAGUCAUGGAAUUGUUAUCAUGAUAAUUUAGUCUCACAGCUACUAAAAGUAACAUGUCAGUAAACAAUCCUAACACUCCUUUAUCAAAUCUUACUAAUGAAAUUCCAUGGAAUUAAGAUGGCUGUAAAAAGCACAAACCUAAAAUGAGAAACAAAUAUAUAUAUUUUAUCCAAGUACUGAUGCAGAGUUGUGGCACCGAACCUUUUAGAAGCCUUAAUUAUUUAAAUCAAAUAUGUAAGUGACCGUGUCAGACCUUAGUUUUAAAUUUUGAUAAUGUGUAUGUCCCAGAUAAAGAAUGGUUUCUUUUCUCUUAAGAUUUGUGUGUGUGUGUGUCCUAAGUAAGAGAACAUUAGUUGGUUGGUUGUUAUGUUUGUUGAAAGCACAACACAUUCAAGACUGAAAUAGAAAGACAGGCUUCAAAAUAUUUCGCUUCCAGCUUUUAAUACGUGUGAACUCAGAAACUCUCCCAUGAAAAGAGCAUUUUUCUCUCAAAACUGAAUGCCGAGGAAGAAAAUGAAAGGACAAAAGGGAAGGUUUUUUUGUACUUUUUGUUUAGUUUGCUUUGUGUUUUUGUUUGUUUUGUUUUGUCUUGUUUUCAUUUUCUUACAGACUGUAGUUAGUCCUGGGGGUGGGAGAAUCCAGGCAACUAAGUAAAUGUAGAAUUGGAUGUCUACUUUUAGUUGUUCUCCUUCUGCUGAUAAUUUUUCUCUCAAAGAAUUUUAUAAGAUAUUUUCCAUUCUACCGAGUAAUGCUAUGUUAAAUUCAUAAUUGAGAUGAAGCUCUGACUGUUCAAAGUAUGAUUUUAUUGAGUGUACAGCAUUGUUAACCUAGGCCAGUGUUUCUCCAAUUGUUUGAUGGCUAUCAUGUGAUGUCAGUGUUUGAAUGUUCAGGUGUUACAUUUCCAAAGUUUCAUUUUAAAAAACAAACACACAAACUUCAUUAUCGCCUGCCCCCCCCCCUCUUUUUUUUCAGUCUUGGUCACACAGUCUAUAUCACAUCAUUGCCAACAUUUCAUUCUUUUAAAUGGGACAUUUCCACUCCUCCAUCGAGGUUCCUGCUAUGUCUUCAGAGAUUUGAUAACUUGUUAACAAAUCAAACUUUACAUGCUAUACAUGCUUUACAUACAAACGUGACAGCAAAUCUCUUCUAGUUGUUUGUGAAAAUGAGUUUCUAUUUCCUUCAACCCCACCUCAGCGCCUUUUCUCAGUCAUCGUGGCUGGCAUGGAACACUGAGAAGUUCACAUGAGAACAGGAUGCAAGGCACAGGCAUGGUAACACCAUGAUGCCCCUGCUGAACCUGCACUGGUUAGCAAAGACGAGGUAUUCCAUGUCAUUCUGUUUACUUAGCAUUUGCAUUUGCACUACACAUAGUGAGUGUAUGCUCUAUUUAUUUGUAUUUUUGAAGUCCCACGUCUGAAAGCUACGAGUAGAGAAGUACACCAUUUACUUAAUGUUGCUCACUAACAUGGGAAGAGUUGUGAAAAUUCUAGAAUGCUGUAAAUCCUUGUCAUACACAGUGACAUACAACUUCAUUACACUCCCACCAGGAGCCACUCCCCUGUACUGAGAAAGAAUGCCACUUGUAGUUUUCUAAGGUACAAUGCAGGCAAAUGUCCUGCUCUCUGAAUACUUGAAGAAAUGGUAUUAUGCAAAUAAGCCUAUUAAUUAUACCUUUUCACAAUCUUAUCACAAUGUUGCAUUCAAUGGGAUAGAGACACAGGCAAUGAGUGGUGGGAAGUUAACAGGACUAGAGUGUAUGAAUGAGUUGAUUUUACUUUUUUGGAAUUGGAUGAAGUUAACAGUAAGCAUUGACAGGGUGAAUAAGCAUAAAUUAAUCUCCACUGUGAUAAAAACUUUAAACAAUAAACAGAAUUUAAAAUAGAGAAAUGUUGUUGGAAUAAAAUUUUUAUUCAGAUUUCGUGUUAUUACGUAUGUUCAUUAAAAGCAGGUCUCCAAAAUUUUAUAUGUGUAUAUGUAUGUGGAAACUAUUAUGAGAGGAUUUUUUUAAUCAUCGUUGAACAGAGGAACUUACCUUACAAAUGCAUCAACAUGGAUAUUAAAACUCUGCAACAGAAGAAUGUCAAGUGGAGGUAUCUACCAAUCACUCUUGUUUUUUGUUGUUGUAGGUUUGUUUCUUUUUCUAGUAAGUUUAUUGUUAGUAUUGAUAGAGUGGCUUUUAAUAUUCUUCACUUGGGUUAAAUUCUCUAAUAAAGAUUUCAAGACCUU